AGCGCUUUAGCUUUGCAUUCCUUUGAGGUGGGAGAGCCCAGCCUAGGAUUUGAAAGCCACGAUGGCCAUGCCCUGCUCAGCCUGUCGCAGGCUAGCCAGCUCUGCCGAGCAUGCACGCAGAGGACUUUCGAGAGGCCUGGCUACUGCAGCCAUUAGUCCUGAUCAGACCUCUCAAAGUCGAGACUACGACUUCUCGUCGAGCGUCAAAACGGUGCAGGAGCGCACGCCAGAUCUGCCCAAGCACCUCGGACUGCUCGACCAUGUCAAUGCUAAUCUACCUCGACCCAGCUUCGCUUCACUCUUCGAACGUCAGCGCAAUCCACUACGGCGGGAGACCGAGCCAGAUCGUCAGCCGCUACAUAUCGGAUCGAUAUUGGCUGUCGAGACUUUCACCUCGUCUGCCCGAACGAGCGCGAUCACCUUUGCAGGUGUCCUGAUCGGUGUACGUCGUCGUGGCGUCGACACUACCUUCACUCUGCGCAAUCUUGUGGCAAAGACGGGCACGGAGAUGAAGUUUUCUAUCAACAGCCCUCUCAUUCGAUCCGUCCAAGUCAUCUCGAGGGCCAGGAAAAGCAAACUCGGCGACAAGAAGCGUGCGGAUGCCACUCAAGCUGCCAAGCCCUCUGUCGAAGGCGAGAAGAGCGCGGAGAAGCUCAAGCCACUACCUGCCGUCUCACAGAUACGUCGAGCUCGACGGGCGAAGAUGACGUAUUUGCGCCAUCAGCCAAAGAAGCUGCCUAAUAUCGCGUCUUACAUCAAACUCGCUGCCCGUGCAUCGACUCUCGAGGCAGAACGGACAGAAGCUACAGCUCGAGCAGCCUCGGAUGCACUAACCGCAUCUACAAAGGCUGCUUCUGGUGCUGACACCAAGAUGGGCAGCAAGAAGAAAGUCAAAGUCGUCAAGAUGGUCAAGGGCCAAAAGCCGAAAAAAUGAUGAUGCCAUCACAUGAUCAUGAUGCAUUCUAUUGAUAUGCUGCGUGUCUAGUGCGAGCUCUGCUCGGCUGUCUGGAAGCCAGUACCACUUGAAUCCACUGAGGUGCGAUCAGGCUGAGAGUCUAGCCCUGUGCUACCGUGAGCGAGCAGGCCUUGUGUCGAGUCGGAGCUUCUAGUCGACGGUGUACCUAUGCGCUGCGGAACGUAGUCUUGCUUUGCG